UUAUAAAGACAGAGAGAAGGAAUGAGUGUAAUAGAAGAGAAAGAAAAAUGGGGUGGUGACAGAACGCCAGGAGGAAAGAGAAAAGAGAAUGAAAAAUGGUUUUGUGACAAAAGAAGGAAAAGGGAGGAUAUGAGAGAAAUAGAAGAGAAAAAUUAAGUGGGAGAGAGAGAAAGAUGGAUAGUGAUGGAAAGAUACAGAAGAGAAAAUGAAGAAAAGAUGAAAAAGGGCAGAAGAGAUAAAGUGAGACAAACCGGAGAGAGAGAGAGAGAGAGAGAGAGAGAGAGAGUGUUUGUGUGUGUGUGUCCUGGCAGUCUCCACUUUAACGUCACGCGCUGCGCCUCCCAAAACGAGCCACCUUCAGCGGAGCUGUUCACUCGCGCUCAGUCCGCGCGCGUACACACAUGCACGCACGCACGCUUGCACACACUCUGUCGCGCGACACACCAUCUCACACAGACACACACACACGCACUCGCGCGCACACACACACUUUCAUGCCAGGCACUGAGCUUUGUCUCCUCGUGCUCCACCAGAGAGUCGCGUGCUGGUCCUUGCGUCUCGCACGCACGCGUUUUGGAUGGAAGAGCGGCGCGUGAAGGAUUCAAUUCAAAGUGCCCGUGGCUCGUGACAACCUUCUAACCGUCUUCAGGAUUUUAACAGAUUUGAAAAGUAAACCUUUAUUUUAUAUUAUUUUAAAACGUGCCCGUGAAAAGAUUAGAGUUUACGGAAAGACCGAGGUUCUUAACUUGGACAGCUCCCGUGGUACUGCAGCUCAGUGUGUGUGAGAGUGUGUGAGUGUGUGUGAGUGUGUGUAUGCAAAACAGAGACAGUGUGUAUUGGACUAACGGUUUCCUGGGCUCGGUGUCAAGUCUUGGGCUCGGCUAUCACUCCGGGAACAUCCGGGAACAUGGCCAGCCUUCUACAGGGGGAGAAGCAGCUCUUUGACAAGUUCUGGAGAGGAACGUUUAAAGCCGUGGCCACGCCCAGACCCGAGAGCGUCAUCAUCGCGAGCAUCGCCGCGCGCAGAGAAGCCAACAGGUUGGAGACGUCAGUAUGCGUGCCAGUGAAACCCGUGGAGACCAAAUCCGAGAGAGAGGAACAGGAAGUGAAGGAGACAGAGAAGAAGAGGCACAGGAAACACCGAGGGCAUAAACGUCACAGCCGCCGUCGCUGCCACAGCGUGUCGCUCAACGCAGACUUUUCCCCUCGGUCAGCAGCCAAAACGAAAAAGAAGAAGAAAAAAUCGGUGAGGAAGAGGAGAAGAGAAAGGUGUCACUCCUCCAGUCCCUCCCCCCCACGCAAGAAAAAGAAGAAGAAGAAGAAGAAGAGCUCCAAGAAGAGCAAACAACACAGGGCUGCCUCCAAGAAGAGAAGAUACAGCUCCUCCUCCUCCACCAGACGCAGACGGAAGGAAGACAGAAAACAUAAAAAGAGCUGCCGUAGUCACUCUCAUCACAGACGCCGAUCACGGAGAGCAAACAGUUCUGACUGGAGAUCCUCCAGCACUGAGAGCAGAUGUGAAGAGGGCAGUAGAUCAGGCUUUCAGCCCUGCAGUGGUCAUGCUUCAGGAGAGCGUGGAGGGUUUGAAUGGUGUUCAGCGCUGAAACUGGCCACUAAAAUCCCCUCCAAGUGCACAGUGGUUCACUCGCGUCCUGGGCUGGAAACCUCGGUGGUCCAGGACUCGCCGUGUAUUCAGGGUAAAGGACGUGCCGAUUACGAUUCAGGAAACGACACGUCCUCUCCGCCGUCGUCUAAAACCGGUGUCUCGAGGGCGCAGGUCACGGCGGACCGACAGGAGAAACUGAAAUUUCUGGACAAUUUGUCCGAUUCAGGAAACUCUCUGAGCAGCUACGAGUCUCUGAGUAAAGCUGAACACGGAGAGAGACACAUUAACACCUCGGCUUUCAACAAGCUCAAAAGUGAAGAGUCCAGCAGCUGUGUCAGAUUCAUGAGCCAUCCUUCUGCUUCUGCUGUGAAAUCUCAGCAUCGCUCAGAAACCCGCUCUCGCAGCAGGAGCCGAUCUUCACGCAGUUCUCACCACUGGGGGCGUCACAUAUCCAGGAGCAGGUCUCCUUCCUCCAGCCGCAGGUCGUAUUCCCGUUCGUCCAGUUCCUCCUGUGACUCGAGGAGAGGGAGUGUGUGUAGCGUGAGCAGUCGACGGAGCGGGAAACACUGGAGAUACACACCGGACCGGAUCCGAGAGAGAAGGAGAAGCUCAAGCUCCUGUGAGAAGCCGUCAAAGUGCAGCAGGAAGCGCAGCAGGAGGAGAAUCUGUUCCCCCAUGAGGAAAAGGAGAAGAGACUCGCCGAGUCAUCUCGAGGCUCGGAGAAUCACCAGUGCGAGGAAGCGCCCGAUUCCUUACUACCGCCCGAGUCCUUCCUCUUCCUCGAGCCGCUCCAGCAGUCUGUCCUCCUGGAGUCUGUUCUCCCUCAACAGGAGCCCGAGCCACAGCCGCAGCAGGAGUCGCAGCCGCUCUUCAUACCGCAGUUACGGUCGCAGCACGUCGCUGAGCUCCAUCUACAGCGGCAGGAGCUAUGACUCGCUAGCCAGCUACAGCCGCGCUCGCCGCUAACUUGCAGACAAGAACCUGGACGUAUCAGGCAUAUACGCAAGCUAGCAAGCUAACAGAAAAAAAAACAAGCACAAAUCCAAACCCCUGACACACAUGCUAGCUCCUGUUAGCACAUUACUGUCUGACUAGCUAGCAGGAGCUAAGUUAAUCACAACGUUAUUUCCAACAAAGUAAUUCCAGCUAAAAUUACAGCUUGCUAAGAGCACAAUACUGAGACUAUAAAAAUGAAGACUAUAAAAAAGAAGAAUUUUUUAGAAUGAAUUGUUAUUUAGGAUUAAAACUCAGCUAAGCAGAGCAGGAGCUAGCUAGGGUUAGCGAGGUCAAUCUGAGGCAGGGCUAGAGGUGUUAGCAAGCUAACACUGUUACUGUCUGUUUUACUCAGAAAAUGUACAAAGUUGAAUAGAAUGAAGCUGUGAAUAUAUAUAUACGGGAUGCCAUGUGCUGAAAAAAUCACCUCAGAAAACACUGGAACAUUUCUGUAUUUUUUACAGAAGACGCUUGACUCGGCUAACAGGCUAAACAGGUGGGAUGCUAGGCGUCGCGUGUGGGACAUAACACCGUUCCUUUGUUGUUUAGCCUGCACUAAGGCGCUUUAAACCAACACACGCUGCAGUGUCACUUCAGCUUAGUAACCUCGAGUUAAGUACAAUUUCACGCCUGACGUGUAAAUCCCUUUCAUCCGACCUGCCCGUCACUGGCUCUUUUUCUUUUUUUUCUUCCCCUUUUAAAACCCGUCUCGAGUCAGAAUCGCUCGAGGACAGAGAUAUAUGGCCUCCAAAACAGAUUUUACAGCACGCCGGGAUUUCUCAACACACGCAUCACAUUCUCAACCCUUUGAAAAAUCGUGCCUCGUCGCCGUACACACGCUCCAUUGGCUCAAAUACCAGCCGUAUUUAUCUUCCACCCGAGUGCAAAACAAUUGAAACGCCGAGGGCCGUUACAGCCGCGCGGCCGCCAUAACGCCGAUCAUGACACACGAUCCGAACCUGACCGAAGCCCAUCUGUCUGAGCUUAAGCGCUUAUUCCAGUCUAGGAGAAAACAAAUUAAUUUAUACAUCUACACUCUUACAUAUGUAAAUACAGUCUCCUUUAUCACGCAGUGGACUGCCAUCCAUGUCCGUACAGAGUCUAAACAUUCUCAACAAACAUUAACCAGCUACGUUAGCUCGCUAAACGCUCCAAUAACGGAAUGUUUAUUAAAUCAAACUCGGCUAACCUACUUCAUAUGAUCUGCUGCUUGAAAAAGCAAAUGGAGUUUAAUUUGGAGUUAAAUCUUUUAACUUAGCUUGACUAAAUUAUAACUUAGCUAGCAGGAAAUACGACCCGGCUAACUAGCUGUAGCAAAACGAGGUUAAAGUGCAAGCUUAAUAUAAGCACAAAGAAGCAAUAACAAAUAAUUUAAACUAAAACUGGGGCUGGCACAGAUUAGAGCGGAAUUUGAACUAACAAACCAGAUUUGCUCAGAGAUUUACUCAGGCUGAAAUAGGUGUAGCUAAACGUAGCUCGGUAAAAUUAGAACUAAAAGUGGUUAGAAGUGGGUUAGCAAGCUGAAAACUUUAUUAAACUUGGAGCUUCUAGCACCUAAUUAGCUUGCUCAUGGUCAUUUAGCUCCAAAUGUAUUCAUGAAAUAUGUAUUUACAAAUAUUAAACUUUUGUAAAAAUGAUUUCUUAUUCUUAAAUACGAACAGAAGUAAACAAGCUAAAACAAAAGAGUAAUUUCGGCUAAAAUUACAGUUAGCUAAGCGUAAAGCUAACACAAGAAGAGUAACUAAAGUAAGCACAAUAUUAAAACUAUUAGAAAGAUGAUCUAAAUUCAACGAAUUGUUAAUUAUAAUUAAAACUCGGCUAAUCGGGAAGCAGAGCGUAAGAUUUCUAGGGCUGAGGUAAUCUCAAUUAAAAUCUGAGGCAGGGCUGGGGGUGUUAGCAAGCUACCAAGUGUGUGUUUUACUCAGAAAAUGUAAAAGUUCAACAGAACAAAACUGUGAACAGAUGCAGGAGGCCAUGUGGUGAAAAAAUCACCUCAGAAAACACAAAGUCUGGGACAUUUCUGUAUUCCAAAAAUCUUCAUGGCUAAAUUUCAUUAAAGAUUUCGCUUCUAGCAACGAAUUAGCUAAAACAAAAGUGUUUAGCUAAACGUAGGUCAGAGAUCAAGCUAAGACUAGAAACAUUUCAGUGAGAAAUUAAAGUGUGGUUGGUUAAAACUAGGACCUUGGAGUUGAAAACACAACACAAAAAAAUCUUGAAAUUAAAAAUAAAAUUAAAGUAAAGUUAGCUAAACCUAACUAGCAAGCUAGCAAGAAAAAAUGUAGUUUAUUCCAAAAACAAGAAUGAAGAUGAGGCUAAAUUUGAGCUAACAGUGAUGCUGAGCUCCAGCUUCUCCAGCUCUACGCUUCAGUCGCUAGCUAGAACUGAGACUGGCGCAAAAUUUACAAACCUAAUCAGUGGCUUAAGAAACAAUAAAACGGAAAUAUUUCACAAUUAAUGUGAAGAAAAAGUCUCGGGUUCGAACGUGUGCAUCUGUAGCAAUUCAUCACACGUGAAUCAUCUCGAUUCAUCACCAAGAGAAAAGCACUGGAAUAUUUUAGUACAAUAAUGCUGGAAUUAUUUAUUUAUUUAUUUAUUUGUACACUUUAGUUCUCACGUUCUUUUGCAUACUGGAUUCGUUAGUGUAUUUAUUAUUUAAUUAAAAUUUCAUAUCUAUUUUUUAUUUUCUCGUCAUGACACUAAAAGCAGCCAGGUGCUUGUUUGGAUAUUUGAUGUACUUAUUUAUUUUUUAUCAUUUAGUACAAAUUUUCUGUAUGUAGUGAAGGAAAUGUUUGUGCUUUUUUAAAUUAUUUCUAUUUAAUUUUUUUUUUUUAAUGAAUUUUCCAUCCUGUUUGUGAAUAAUGAUGACGUAGGUGAUGUGAUGGAGAAAUCUGUACUGCUACACAACGAGAAAUACACAAGGCUUGAGGAAGUAGAAAGUCGUUUUUUUUUCUUUAGGAUAGGAGAAAGAAAUUUGCAAAUAUUAUUUAAUUCUAAAAUGUAAUUAUUUCAUUAUAAAAGUCAACCCCAGUCUUUGGAGGACGGUCAUGAGUGAAAUGUUUUUUGUUUAAUUUUUAAUAUUUUGAACGAAUUUUCUUCUUUUUAAAAAAAUCUGACUGGUGAAAUGUCAACUUUCCUUUUUACAGAAAUUUAGCUGGAGAAUCUGUAAAUGUCAGAUGUACAUACGGAUCAAUGAGACUAAAGUAAGCAUGUGUGUAAUUUAUUAAAAAAGGAAGAGGGGUUGUAAAGAAAUCGCCGAUUCUGCCGGCCACUACGAAGCUACAGGAUAUUUAUGAUGUCAAACUGUAUGUAAUAUAUUACAGGAAAAACAAAACAAAACACUGGAAUUUUAUGAGAAAUGAAUAACGUUACACCAGCGUCGUCUGUGAAGCCUGAAGUUUCUCAAUCGCCAUUUCACGGAGAAACAAACAGGAAGUUCUCCGGUUCUUUAUCAGGCUUCGUGAAGGUCUGUGUAUAAUAUUGUACAGUGCACUGUUUUAUUCAUUGUCUAUUUAUUUCAAUGAGAACAUACGGAGAGACACGUGUCCCAAACGCUAGAGGUCCCGUCUUACGUAGCACUGACUUAGCGUCAGGCAGGGUACAAAAGAAUUUGAUUAGAUUUGAUUAGAGUUUGUUUCCCUCAGUUUUUAGAAAUAUUUGCUAAAGCUUUUCACUAUCUAGCAUUCCUACUAGCAUGUUGGCCAAUAUCAUUAUUAUUAAACAUCCCAAAUGCUAAAACCGUUAAUAAUGUUCUUAUGACAGUAUCAGCCUUUUUAAUAAACAUCCCAAACACUACAACUCUUCACUACCUAGCAUUCGUACUAGCAUGUUGCCCAUUAUCAUUAAACGUCCCAAAUGCUAGAACUCGACAAUAUCGUGCCCAUUUUAAUAAACGUCCCAAACACUACAACUCUUCACUAUCUAGCCCUCUUACUAGCAUGUUUUUUCAAUUUGAAAUAAACGUACCAAUUAUUUGAAACCUUCUCUUCUUCUUGUUCUUACCAGAGAGUUUAAUAAACAUCCCAAAUGCUAGAAUCCUUUACUAGCUAGUAUUCUUACUACGACCAGUUUAACGAUCAUCGUAAACGCUACAGUUUUUCUCUUCUUAACGUUCUCCUUAGAACGUCGGCCAUUUUAGCAACUGUCUAAAAUGCUAGUCAAUAUUUUGUUAUUACAACAACAUCAGCCAAUUUAUUCGGGACAUAAGUCCCAAAUGCUAGAACUAUUCUCUACUUGAUGGUCUAGCUAGUCAUUUUAAUAAUUAUCAUUUUUUAAACAAAAAAGGUAGCGAGCUUACUUCAUUAGCAAGCAUUCUUAACAAAGGAUUUUAUUGUGUUUUACUGCCUAGUAAUAAAGUCCCUAACUUUAGAACUUUCUCUACGUAGCAUUCCUGCUAAAAUAUUAGCCAUUUUUCUUAAACCUCCCGAAUUCUACAACUCUACAACUACCUAGCAUUCUUACUAACAUGUUGUCCAUGAUCCCUAACACUAGAACCCUUCUCUACCCACAAGAACAUCAGGCAUUUUAAUAAACGUCUCAAACAGUUAAAAUUCUUCAUCACCUAGUGUUGCCGCUAGAACGUCGCCCAUUUUAUUGACGAUCCCAUACGCUAAGCAGAAUCCGUUCUAACAAGUCUUCUUUUAUUUUCGUGCAUUAGUUAUGAUGUGGUGUUACUGUCAGUGGCUGAAGGAAUAGUGAAGUAGUUUGAAAUGCUAGCACUUUAGCUUCAGGAUCACCUCAUGAGUUGUUUGUGAGGAAAUUGCCAGAAAUAUUCUGCUAACACUGAUCAGUGAACACUUUGUUUGAUUCGAUGUUAAUGCUAUUUGUAUUUAAAGUGUCAAUUUAACUGUAUAACGGCUUUAAUUUAGAGACAGUACUUCUAAUGGAAAUGUUGAUAUCCCUGACAGUUUGGUCUCAUUUUUUCCCCACAUUGUCUGUAAAACAGACUUAACGAGCAUUGCGCUCAUGCUAGCCGCCGUAAAUAGCUAGUAAAGCGUAGUUCCUGGUUGCCUAGCAACAGUGGUCUAUACUUGUAUCAUGUUACCUCGUAUGCUUUAAACUUUAAAUUAUCCAGCAGAUAGUAAAUAAGCCACAUUAUUGUAAUGUCUUUAUUUCUUUCUCUCUUUUUUUUUUAUCUGCUGAAUUUUUAUUUUCUGAAAAAGACCGUCAGUUUGAGAAUGUAUUAUUGUUGUACCUUCUACCGUUUGGGAUACGUCCCGUCACUUCCGGUCAACUGUCAAUGUCUUAAAAAUAAUAAUAAUGAUAAUAACUGCCAAAUGACUUCAAAUUGCAUUCAGAAGUGUGGUUGAGAAUCAAACAACAAAUGUGUGUGUAUUGAAAGUGAGUCUCGGAAACCCUUUCCCUCUGUAUUAUAUGCAAAAUAUUGAGUGUGUGCGCGUGAGUGAGAGAGUGUGUGUGUGUGCGCGCGCGCGCGCGUGCGUGUGUGUCCUAGAAUACGAACGUGUUCCCCUUUCGCUAGGUCUAGUCUUCCUCUGUUGUCCGAGUCCAUGUAGAAAAUCUAAAAUAACUCAAUAAAGAGACUUGUUUAAAGCUCAUUAUACGUGUUGAUGGUCCUCAAUUGCUAUGUCGUGUCUCAGAGUCUUCAUAAGGCAUCUUGGACGGGAAUAAGCGGGAAGGUCGCGUUUCUUGGCGAUCAUUUCACUGUGUCAUCUUUACGUGUUUAGAACGUGUGUGUGUGUGUGUGUGUGUGUGUGAUGACAUCACCUCACAUACCGAUGACCCGAGCCCUGACACUGCCCUGAGCUGAGGUGAGUUAGGACCCUUUAAAUAGGCCAUGAGUCACUGAAGGAGGGAACAUGCAGCGUUCACAUGCACCCUAAUUUGCUGUGCAUUACUAGUUUUAAGUAAAUACGAGAAACUAAUCAACGACACUGUGGUGUGAUGAAGCGUCAACGUUUAUGAGCACUACAGCGUGGAUUAUUUCAGGACACAUUACCUAAGCAAA